UGGAACACAUCUGAAAUCGAAAAAAUAAAAAUCUCUCGUCUAUUAUUUCGUGCGGUCAACUGCUGACACAGGAAGGAGGAAGAAGAGAAGAGAUGAGGAGGCUAGCCGGAGCAGAAGACGAGGAAAAAUGGCUGGCGGAAGGAAUCGCCGGAAUCCAGCACAACGCUUUCUUCAUGCAUCGCGCCUUGGACGCGAAUAAUCUGAGAGAAGUCCUAAAGUACUCGGCUCUCAUGCUCUCUGAGCUCCGCACCUCCAAGCUAUCUCCUCAGAAAUACUACGAUCUCUAUAUGAGAGCUUUCGAUGAGUUGAGGCAGCUGGAGGUUUUCUUCAAGGAUGAGAGCAGGCAUGGAUUACCGGUUGUGGAUUUGUAUGAGCUUGUUCAACAUGCCGGCAACAUAUUGCCUCGGAUGUAUCUCCUGUGUACAGUAGGGUCUGUUUAUAUCAAAAGCAAGCAAGCUCCUUCCAAAGAUGUUCUUAAGGAUCUUGUGGAGAUGUGUCGAGGUGUUCAACAUCCUAUUCGUGGUCUUUUUUUGAGGAGUUAUCUUGCACAAGUCAGCAGGGAUAAGUUACCUGAGAUUGGCUCAGAAUACGAAGGAGAUGCAAAUACUGUGAUGGAUGCUGUGGAGUUUGUGCUGCAAAAUUUCACUGAGAUGAAUAAGCUCUGGGUGCGAAUUCAGCAUCAGGGACCUGGAACAGUUCGAGAAAAGCAGGAGAAAGAGAGGAACGAACUUCGUGAUCUUGUUGGAAAAAAUCUGCAUGUUCUAGGACAGAUCGAAGGAGUUGACCUUGAGAUGUACAAAGAGACUGUUCUUCCUAGGGUCUUAGAGCAGGUCGUCAACUGUAAAGAUGAGCUGGCUCAGUACUAUCUGAUGGAGUGCAUCAUCCAAGUCUUUCCUGAUGAAUAUCAUUUGCAGACUCUUGAGACCUUAUUGGCUGCUUGUACCCAACUGAUGCCAACAGUCGACACCAAAAUAGUGUUAACUCAAUUGAUGGACCGCUUGUCAAAUUAUGCUGCCUCAAGUCCAGAUGUGUUACACGAAUUUUUGCAAGUGGAAGCUUUUGCUAAAUUGAGCAAUGCAAUUGGAAAGGUGAUAGAUACACAGAUUGAGAUGCCUAUUGUUGGAGCUAUGACGCUGUUUGUCUCUCUUCUGACUUUUACCCUCCGUGUUCACCCAGAUCGGCUUGACUAUGUGGAUCAGAUAUUGGGAGCAUGUGUAGUUAAGCUUUCCAGUGUGCCCAAGCUGGAGGACGCCCGCGCAAUGAAACAAGUUGUUGCACUUCUGAGUGCUCCUUUAGAAAAAUAUAAUGACAUAGUUACAGCUCUUACACUGUCAAAUUAUCCACGUGUCAUGGAUCAUCUUGAUGAUGGAACGAAUAAAGUAAUGGCGAUGCUAAUUAUUCAAAGUAUAAUGAAAAACAAUUCGUGUAUUUCAACUGCUGAUAAGGUUGAAGUGCUGUUUGAAUUGAUAAAAGGACUUAUUAAGGAUUUGGAUGGAACAGAUACAGAGGAGCUUGAUGAGGAGGAUUUCCAGGAGGAACAAAAUUCAGUUGCCCGACUGAUACAUAUGCUUGAUAAUGAAGAACCAGAAGAGAUGCUAAAGAUUAUAUGUGUUGUGAGAAAGCAUCUUAUGACAGGAGGAACUCGACGCCUACCUUUUACCGUUCCCCCACUUGUUUUUUCUGCACUCAGGUUGGUCAGGCAGCUAGAAUCCCAGGAUGGAGAUGUAACUGGAGAAGAUGUCCCAGCAACCCCGGGGAAGAUUUUUCAGAUUCUCAACCAGACAAUCGAGGUUCUCUCCUCGGUUCCAUGUCCUGAACUGGCUCUAAGGCUCUACCUCCAGUGCGCCGAGGCCGCAAGUGACUGUGAUCUUGAGCCUGUUGCUUAUGAGUUUUUCACCCAAGCAUUCAUACUAUACGAGGAAGAGAUCGCGGACUCCAAGGCACAGGUAACUGCGAUUCAUCUGAUUAUUGGAACCUUGCAAAGGAUCAAUGUCUUUGGUGUUGAAAACAGAGACACCUUGACCCAUAAAGCAACCGGGUACUCAGCAAGGCUUUUAAAGAAGCCUGAUCAAUGUCGAGCGGUUUAUGCAUGCUCUCACCUCUUCUGGGUCGAUGAUAUAGAUGGCAUCAAAGACGGAGAAAGAGCUCUUCUCUGUUUAAGACGUGCACUGAGGAUAGCAAACGCAGCUCAACAAAUGGCUAAUGCGACCCGAGGUAGCAGCGGACCAGUCACGCUGUUUGUCGAAAUCUUGAACAAGUACAUAUACUUCUAUGAGAAAGGGAAUCCACAUAUAACUCCAUCUGAUGUACAGAGCCUCAUAGAGCUGAUCAACACCGAGAUGCAAAGCGACGACAACGGUAACAGAAGAACACACUCAGAUCCCUUCUUUACAAGUACAUUGCGUUACAUAAAGUUCCAGAAACAGAAAGGUGGUUUAAUGGGUGACAAAUAUGACCUCAUCAAGUUGUGACUUGUCUUCAUCCCCCACACACACAGUCCUGAAUCAAAUCCAUAAGAGCUAAAACCCAUUUGGAUUUGGAUUUGAUUUGUUUUUUUUUCCUGGAACUUCAGAAAAAAAAUGGUGUAAACACAUGUUUGAUUUCGUUUCGGGUCCAUGACAAAAUUGGAGAAACCUCUUGUAAUUUUAAUCUUCUUUGUUACUAAUAUUACUCCCCUAUGUGUAUAGAAUUCUUGUUUCUGAAAAUCAUUGUUUGAACCUA